UCAUCCUCUCUCUCUCUCUCUCUCUCUCUCUCUACUGAUGAACAGACGUUGGAUCACUAAAACUACACAUCUCUGCAACAUCUCUGUACCAUUUGCCAUGCGAGCACCUAGCACAUUCAAGCAAGAGCUCCUCAAGAGAUGGCUACAGGGUCUCCAACUUUGUGUCUCUUCUUCCAAGGAAAUGAACUUCUUGGAGAGAAAGAAGGCCAUAAAGCUCUCAGCAGAUGUGGUCAUGGCUUCUGCUAGAGCGGGUAAGUCUUAUUGGAGUUAUGCUAUUAUUUCCAAUGCUUUAAAACAAGAAGAAAGCAAGACCCUUGUAAGGAACAUAUUGGGUACUGAGUUUGAGAAGCUAACAAAGCCUGGGAUGGAAGCUUUCACGUCACACAAGAGGGUUACAAGCAGAAGCAUCUUGAGAAGGAGCUACAUUUCUUGUAGGAUAAAGAAGAUUGCACCAAAAAGAGUUCAAGCUAGCUCAAUUGCUAAGAGACUGGUGAAGAAGAGAACCAAAGUACUUAGAGGUCUUAUACCUGGAGGGGAAUCCAUAGAUGAGUUCUCUUUGUUAGAGGAAUCCCUAGAUUAUAUCCUCUCUCUUAAAGCCCAAGUGGAUGUAAUGCAAUGCCUCAUUGAAGUUUCUGAGCUCUUAAAAGACAAAUCCUAUUAAGGGUUCAUGGGUCAACUAGGAUUUUGGGCUGUCGCAAGGCGUCCCAACUCAAGGAAGGGAGGCUAGCAGGGUAAAUAAGGGGGACUUAAACACCAGAUGUGCCAGAUGGAAGGCUGCUUCGAAAAGAACUUCCUAACCAACUGUGCUAGGCAGCUGUUGUCACAAAUUUUGAUUUGAGUACUUACAGAAGUUUAAAAAAAAAUGGCUCAUUUGGAAUCUUCU